AACAAGAUGAAGCAAGACUUGUCGUAAAAGAAUAAGAAUAAUUUAAAGAAGAUAAAAUAAAACAAAAAAAAAUGUAAGAGAAAAAUUAAGAACUACCGAAACAAGACAGAAAUAAACCUCAUCGCUUUUGACAGAUGCAAGAACAAAACCGUGGAGCAUCCGUGGUCAAUGUCGGUCGCAUCAUCUUCACGAAUUUCGAAAAAAAUAUCCUCAGAGAGUUGGUAGAUGAACAUCGGGAAAUAUUGGAAUGUAAGAAAAAUGAUUGGCGAUCCAUCAAAAUGAAGACAGAAACAUGGAACGCCAUAGCAGACGAAUUCAAUUCACAACCGGGUGUUAACCGGAAAGACUGCAAACAAUUAAAGAAAUGCUGGGAGAACAUGAAGGCAAGAGCCAAAAAAGCACUUAACAAAGACAUUAUAGAGAUUCCACGUUUUGUAGAGGAGCUCGAAAAUCAAGUAGGAAGCGCUGAUGCUGUUACUCUUGGGGUAUCUACUGGUAGUGUUGGAAUUACCGGGGUUACCAUUACUGGUACCGCAACACCUGCAGGUUCUGGUGGUUCUAUCAAAGUAGAGCCAGUACACAAUCGUUUGUAUGUUGAAGCUGACCAUCCUUAUGUCGUCGGAGGUGGGCACGGCCAUGCGGAGACAUCUGGUGGUGCGAGUAACGGAGGUGGUGGCACAACUCCUGGAGGGAGCAGCGCGAAUGGAAAUGGAAACCCCGCGGGUAACGUUACACCAAGCGGUGCUGGUGGGAAUGGUACCACGGCAACGGUGGUUGGAGUUGUUACUGGGGGAACAGGACAUAUAAACAAUAACAACAACCACACACACAUUCAUAACCACAGCCAAGCGCAUAUACAGAAUAACUUUACACAUCAGUCAGUCACAGUCUUAGAAUGUCCAGACGAUGAUGAUAGUCCACCACCAACCAUAACUGUUCCUGUUUCUGGAGGACCUGUGCCUACGGGGAUAUUUCCUAUUUCUAACGGUGACAUGUGCAGUCCAAACAGCAUGUUAGCAGGAGGUGAUGCAACCACACAAGCAAUAAAUAACCAAGUUGUACUUGUAAAAAUGCAACAGGAACAACAUGAAAUGCAAAUGUUAAUGAUGAAACGAAAAUUAGAUUAUGCAGCUGCUGAACACAAAGCCAAAAUGGACGUUUUCCAGAUUCAACGCCAAUACUGGGCUCUACAAUGUGAGGAAAUAAUGCAGAAAAAAUACCCCUCCCAAAACAGUAGUUGAAAGCAAAAAAUAUUUCUAGAUUAUUAAGAUGAAAUCUGUCAUUCCCUCUGUAUUUUUAUCUUUCUAAAAAUCCAGUUCUAAAUAUAGUCCUCUAUUUUCUACAUUUGUACAUCAGUCUUUGAUGAUCUAGUUAACUGUCUGUCUAUCUAUCACUCUAUAUACUUGUCUAUUUGUCUACCAUUCUCUGUUUCAAUCUGUCCCUCUAUUCUGUCAGUCUGUCUCUUCUGUAUUACAUCUAUCUAUAUAGCUAGAGUUGGUUGAUAUUGUAAGUUUAUUUUGUAUAUUUUAACAAAUUCAAUAUAUAGUGACUAUAUUUUAUUGCUUCAUUUGUUUAUAAUCCUUAAAAAUUGUCAUCCUCAGCUUUGUUGCUUGUCAUCCAUCUCAACUCUAUAUAUAGAAUAGUCAAAAUAUGCUUGAUGAAAAAUGAAUUUUAUUUAUUUUUUUAAAUAUUUUAUGCAUUGAUGUACUCAUCAUCACAUCACCACCACCACCAUCAUCAUCAUGUCUACAUUUUCAUAUAUGCAUGGGUUGAACAGGUCUUCUCUUGCACAGCAUCUUGUCAUUUGUUGUGGUCCUUUGUAAUCUCCUUUUGUGAGGUUCAGUCCCUUGAGAUCAGCUUUCACCACUUCUUCCCAUGUCUUCCUCAGUCUUCCCCUUCUACAGAUUCCUUCCACUUGGAUCUUCUGAAACUCAGCUGCCAUACUCUGUAAGCAUCACACAUUUUAAACCAGUGCAAUCUUCUCUUGCACACUACACAUGAUUCCUCUGAUAGCCAGUGUUUUUACAAAUCAUUUGUGCUCUCUUGUUCAUGCACACUUACAUUACACACUCUGCAGAGCAUGUUUGUUUCAUUUCUUUCCAGCUUUCACACAUCCUCUGCAUCCACUCUUCAUGUUUUGCUAUUAUAUAGCACUACACUUCAUAAAUAAGUAUUAUACAAUCUGUCCUUCACCCAGAGAGAGAACUCCCUUGUUGCCAAAAGCGAUAAUAGCUCCCUGAACUUUUUCCCACUUGGUUCUUACUCUGGCUACUAUAUUUUCAGAAUGACUGUCUCCGCUACUGAAACCAUCAACUACUUUUAGGAAGCCUUCCAAACAUUUCAAAGAAUUUAUUUCAUUGCUACUUUUGCUGCUAACUACUCUUGUGCAAUGGUUACUUAUUAAGUCCUAUUUUUUUGUUCUGUCAACCUGCUUGUGGCUCCACAAAACCUUUUGUAUGCAUAGUUUACAUUUGGUACAGAGUUCCUCCUUAUUGAAUAUAGCCACCUCCUUGGUGGCGGCAUAAUCUGUUGAGUUCUGUCUUCUUUCCUGCUACAUAAACUUUAUAUUUGCUAUGUUUACUUUGAAGCCUCUCAAUUCUAGGAUUUUGCUUCCAAAUUUGGAAUUUCUUCUAAUUCUUCAAACCUUGAGAACUAGAUCAUUGGCAGACAGGAGUUUCUAUGGUCAACCAGCAUGCUAUAACUUGGAGAACUAUAACAAAGGGGAAGGAUUUGAGAACUGAAUCCUGAUACACACCUACCUCACUGUAAAUUCCAUACUGAACUCAUUGAUAAUUUUUACCUAGCUGAUGGCCUCUCUAUGCAUGGUUUGCAUGAUACUCGUAAGCCAUUCAUGUACAUCUAGUUUUCUGAUUAAUAUAGUACAGAGUAUGGUAUCCUGUCAAAAGCUGUCUUUUACUAAAUAUGGCAGUUUAACCCUUUACAUUUAGGCAGCCUAUAUUCAGCCCAAAUAUUUGACCUGUUUUAUGUUCAAACUUGCCAGGUCUGGCUUCUCACACCCACUCUACAAUGUCAUUCUAAAGAUAAACAAUCACUUCAGAAUCUCAAAGCUAUGAGAUAAUGCAUAAUUAAUUUGAAGACUGAAUAAAUAAGUUUUAUAGUUGACAAAUUAAUUUAAAUGCUAAAGAGUUAUCUUAUCUUCCCUAUAGUUGCUUUCUGGGGGAAGAAGGCAUUGGUGGUACUCUUUCCUGGCACAAACCCAAAGUGUGUCUGCAUUUGAACUAAUUCUUUUCCUAAUCAGUUAUACUGUAAUUCUUUCUGUUAUUUUCAUGACUUAUUCUAUUCAUUCGAUACCUUCCCAAUUUCCUCUCUCUAGAGCAUCCGCCACUCCUUUACCCCUGAAAAUGAUACUGCUUUGCUAGUCAUUAGUUAUGACACUUCCCUGUACUAACAGACUGAUUAUGCAAAUAUCUAGAAUUUAUCCUAGCACAUGGCCAAAUAUUUCCUGUAUUUUAAGUGACUAUCCCUUAUGAACCAGUUAUUUUCUCUAGUGUCAUAUCUUUUAAUUGCUCUUUUCACUGAAUAGCUUUUACCUUCAAUAGCUGGUCUCUCUGUUGGGUCUAUUUGGGGUAGUAACAUUUUCAUGCCUCUCCUCAUCAUCAGUGAAAGCAAGUGUGCCUCACUAUCAUUCCAUGCACACUUUCUCAAAUGAUGUCAUGAUUCACACUGGCACAUUGCUUUACAACCCAGAACAUCUCAAAUCUCUGCAACAAUAUUCUUGUUGCAGAAUAUCUACUUUUAGCCUGUCUCUCAGUUACAUAUACCUAACAUCUAACUUCUCUUCUAGCUACUGAUAUUAUUCCUUGUUCUCUUUCCCCUCUUCCAAUCUUUCUAAGCAUGUCUUAGUUUUUAUGGCUCUUUCUUCUUUACACUUCUUUUAUCAUGUCAUCUUCUGUCUGACUGGACCCUUACUCCUUCCACAAAUCUGAUCAGUGGCUCCCAACAGGUUGUCUUAUAUCUCCAUAUACCCUCUGCAUUAUAAGUUUCCAUCUGCUCCUCCUCCUUGUCAUACACAGUUAGUACUUCUUUGAACCUAUGUCUGUCUCAUUGAGUGAUCUGUCAAUUUCCAUGCCUUCCUUCAGCAGAUUGUCUUGCAAAAGUUAAAAGUUAUUAUGUAUAUAUGUAUGAUAUAAAUGCUCACAUACACACACAUAAACACAUUCAUCUCUUUCUUUCUCUCCCUCCCUACCUCCCUGUAUCUGUCUGUCUAUUUGUAUCAUCAUUGUUAUUUUCCGUCUGUUUUUCCAUGCUGGCAUGGAUUGGACGGAUAUCCUCACAUCUUUGUAAUCUACAUCACCAUACUCAUGCAGCAAAAAAAUAUAAAGGAAACCAAACAAAACAAAACAAUCGCCUUUGUUGUUGUGUAUGUCUUACACCAUAGACCAGAUGCAUUUGACCGUACCGUCGGCACUGUAGAGCUUGUCCUUUGAGCGACAACUAAACAGUCCCUACUAACCUUCAUCAAUUCAUAUCCAAAGAUUAUUGCUCUGCUAGAUAGAUAAUCUGUGAUGAAACUUGUGGUGCCCCAAGUGUCAUGAAAAAAAUUAUUCAGUAUCUGUUUUGUAUUCUGCUUUCCUCAUACUUUGAACAACAUUCACAAUUCCUUGUAGCCAUGCCAUUUGUCAUAAUCUGUUAGGUUCUGUAGUUCUGAGAUUUUUUUUAUAUGUUACAAACUUAACCCACUUAUAAGUGGCAAACAAAUUUAUAAUUUUAGUGCAAGUACAGGUGUAUGCUGGAGUAUAAAGUAAAUUCUGUGACAUAAAUUCUUAAAAGAAAAAUAUUUUUACUACAAAGUAACAUAUUUUAUCCUUAGAUUUUUCAGUAGUCUCUAUAAUAUUCUUUUUUCUUUGAAAGUGUAAUAGCCUGUGUUCAGUAGCUUGUGUAACAUUUUAUUUUUUUUAUAGAUCUUCAUCCUGGUCCUGGUAUUAUAAUCUGGUUUCUCUCAGUGGCAAAUUGUUUCUGUCUUACCCUUUCUUUUUCUUUGAACACACACACACACACACACACACACACACGUUAUGAACUUGUCCAACCCAUGUUGAUAUGGAAGAGAAGAUGUAAAACCAAAGAGAAUGAUAAUCAGAUGUAUUAGGUGUACCUACAUGUGUGUGUUGGUGUGUGUAUGUAUAUAUGUAUGUAUGUAUAUAUGUAUGUGUAUGUAUGUAUAUAUAUGUGUGUGUGCACACAACUAUAUAUAACUAUUGUCAAGCAAACAUUCUGAUGAGAUGGUUAUUGUAAAAGAAUUAUUCAGAAAUAAUUUCAUUACUUAUUAUUUUGUUCAGUCAUUUAUGAGAAGUCGGCAAUCAUUCUGGAAAUAUUUUAAAAGCAUUUAUCAAAAUCAUAUCUCAAUCAGAUAAAUUUUCUUCAGUUCAGCUUAUUAUAUAUAUAUAUAUAUCUAUAUAUAUAUAUAUAUAUAUAUAUAUAUAUAUAUAUAUAUAUAUAUAUAUACACACACACACAUACAUACACACAUACACAUCAAUGCCUGGUUAGUGGCCAGCUUGAAUUCUCCAAAU